AUGUCUUCCACCGUCGCAGCGAACCCGACCCAGGCGACGAAUUCAGGGUCAUCGUCAAAAAAGAAGAACAACAAGAAGAAGAAGAACGCCAACAAGAACAAGGCUGCUGAGCAACCUGUUAGUGGUAGUUCAGACCCUCAGCAGGGUUCAGAUAAAGAGACCCUCGAAGACGAGCCCGAGACACCCACUCAGCCCGAAACUCCAGUCAAUGCAGAUGCAGACGCAGACGCAGUCAAUGCAGACGAAGUCGUAAACGAAGAAGCUCCCACUGUCCACAGUAACGGGCAUGCCGUAGAGCCCAAGGCUCAGAGCAACGGGCUCAUACCCCCUCCGGUUGAUGGCGAAAAGGAAACGCCCGACAAUACAGAUACCUCAGCCAAGCUAGAGGCCAUGAGCCAGGAACGAGAGGCCUUGCGGGCCGAGGUCGAACAGCUACGGAAGCAGCUCGAGAGCAUCCAAGAGACACACAGCAAUGAAGUCACGCAGCUCAAGAGCGAUCUAGAGGAGAGCAAUGCCGCCAAGGAGAAUGCCGAGGAGGAAUACCAGACCCUUCUUGGGCGAGUUGAGAAGAUCAAACAGACGCUUAGCGACCGGUUCAAGCGCGACAAGGCAGAGCUCGAAGAAAGUAAAGAGCGCAUAGAAGAGCUCGAGGCAGAGAAUGAGGAACUAAGAAAUAACGCUGUGUCAUCUGGAGACGAUGUCGCCAAGCUAAAGGAGGAGCUACAAGAUGCGACUAGGGAGCUCAACACUCUGCGAAGUCGCAACAACCUAUCAGCACAAAACUGGAGCAAGGAGAAGGAAGAACUGGUCCGACAUGUCCAACAUCUUAAGGAGGAGAUGGAGACUACCGCAAACGCCAUGGGCGAAUGGGAAGUUAUCGCCAUGGAAGAGCGAUCCAUCAAGGAGAGCUUGGUGGAUAAGGUCUCGGAACUAGAGGAACAAGUUACUAUCCUACGGCAAAACUACGAGAGCGCCACUACAGAGCGAGAGAGCCAAAUGACUCUUAUUGAAAACCUACAGAACGCCCUCCGCGAAAUCCAAGAUGCUCGCAAGAAGGAGCUUCGCGAUAUGGUCGAGACUACCGAGGCGCAAGUUCAAGCUCUCAAGAAACAGGUGCAAGAGGCCGAUGCCCGCGCAAAGGAAGCUGAAGAAGCCAAGCAAACACUCUCGCAAGAGCUUGAGCGAACAGCGCCUUACGAGAAGGAGGUCAAGGAGAAGAACCUUCUUAUUGGAAAGUUGAGGCAUGAGGCGAUUGUAUUGAACGACCACUUGACCAAGGCACUGCGGUACCUCAAGAAGACAAAGCCGGAAGACAAUGUUGACAGACAAAUCGUUACAAACCAUCUCCUCCACUUCCUCACACUCGACCGCGGUGACGCCAAGCGUUUCCAAGUCCUCCAAGUCAUGGCUGGGUAUCUCAACUGGACUGACGAGCAGCGAGAGCAGGCCGGCCUCGCUCGUCCAGGCACAUCAUCUAAUUCUCUCCGCCUACCCAUGUCACCAUUCACACGCACACCAAGCUCACCAUCUCUCAACACCGAUCUCUUCAACGAGUCAACAUCUGCCAAAGACAAAGAGUCUUUGUCUGAGCUAUGGGCAAACUUCUUAGAGCGCAGCGCACAGGAGGGCGCUCUGGAAACACCAAGUAGAAAGGGUAGUACUAGCAGUGCUGCAACGGGACCAGUGAGGCCGGAAUCGACAAGGCCGGAGUCUAAGAGCUAA